UAUCUUCACCUUCAGUCAAUCCCUGUUGCAGUUUUCCUCUCUUCUUUGAACAAAAUAAAAUACUCUCAUCUUCCCCCAAAAAAAAAAAAAAAGCCCCAUCUUUGCUGGAUUUCUGGUUGAAGAAGAUAUGCAAUACGGCAGCAUAUUGUUUGUCUCUUCAGAACUGAUUUCUUCAUAAUCAAGUUUUUGGCGGAUUAGAUUGCGAGCUUUGGCGUAGGUGAUCGGCGGGCGAGAAAUGGCGAAUCAAGGUGCAAAGAAGCGCAAGGAAGAGAACGCUCGCCACAUGGCGAAUCUCCGUCGCCUCAUAAUCGCCUGCAAUGUUAUCUAUGUCUUAGUAAGGAUGCUGAUUUUCCAUUCAAGUUUCACAUGGAAGCAUUGGAUUGGUCUAAUUGUCACAUCAGUGGCAUAUGCAAUCCCCUAUCAACAACUUGCUCAAAUGGCAAAACCUGCUUAUGCUGGUGAUGGGGAACUUAUGGAUGGUGGAUUUGAUAUGACUACAGGUGGAGUUUGUGGCUAUUUACAUGAUGUAAUUUACAUUACGAGCUUUGUGCAAGUGUCGUCCAUCAUAUCCGGAAAAUUUUGGUACACAUAUCUGGUGAUACCAGCUUUUGGAGCGUACAAAUCAUUUGGGUUCAUUAAAGGAUUUUUGUCUCAAGGGUCAGAGGGGGGCUUUGAGGAUGAAAAGACACGGAAGAAAAGGGAAAAGAUGGAGAAAAAGGCAUCAAGGGUCAAGUCAAUCAAGACAAGAAACAAAUGAUCUUUUUUUCGAUUAGAAAACUAGUGAAUGCGUGAAGUUGAUUCCCUUUAUAUCAUAGAUUUACUAAUUUUAGGGAAUUGUCUCUGGAAAAUGUAUAAUAUUAGCAGGGGAAUAUGUAAUCUGCAGCAGAAAUAGGGACCUCUUAUUCUGGUGCUUUGUUUCUUACAAUGAAUUGGCAUUUUUUGGCCAAAGUACGAGCAUUAUGCUCUACGAAUAAGGUUUCGAUUAAUUUUGAGUGACAAAAGUUGAGAUAAAAUCCAUUGAUAUCUUAGCACAA